GCGGUGCACAGGCAGUCCAAUCAGAGUGAACCGGUGCUAGGCUGACUGGAGGAGGGUUGUGAUUUUCAACACAGUGCUCUCUUGCAUUUUAAAUCCCCAGCAGGCUUCACAAAGGGGAUAACAGAAGGUUGGAGAGGAGGAGGAGAGGGCAAGGCAGCCUUUCUCAAGACAGCAGCGUUUUCCACUUGACUCACUUGUAAAAAGGAAGGAGAGGAGGAUGCAGACAUAAAGAGAAGGAAAAACAGCACCCUUUCAAACACCUGCUGCAAGCUGCUGCCGGCCUUGCCCGUCUUGGCGUCUUUCCCUUUUGUUUUUGAUGCUCUUUCCAGUCUCCCUGAAUUCUCUCUGUCUCUGACCUGUUAUUUUGGGCCUUUUUUUGCGCUUGGCUUUUGGAACAAAAGCUACGCCUUUUCCCCUCGGUGGUGUUAGCUUUGCUUUGCAUCAGCUGAGUCAUCAUGUCUGAUCUGACGCCUCAGAGCGAUGCCCCGACCCCCACCACCGACAAGAUCACCCAGGCAGCCCGGGAGACCAUUUAUCUCUGCAACUUUCGCGUGUCUGUCGAUGGCGAAUGGCUUUGCCUUCGCGAGCUCAACGACAUCUCGCUCACCCCAGACCCAGAGCCUGCACAUGAAGAUCCCAAGGAUCCUAUUGCAAUCGAAAGGCUUAACUUGAUGAACAUGGCCAAACUGAGCAUCAAGGGCCUGAUUGAGUCGGCUCUGAACCUGGGACGCACACUAGACUCUGACUAUGCACCUCUGCAGCAGUUCUUCGUGGUGAUGGAGCACUGUCUGAAACACGGGUUGAAAACCAAGAAGACGUUCCUGGGGCAGAACAAGUCGUUCUGGGGAGCGCUGGAGCUGGUGGAGAAACUGACACCUGAGGCAGGAGAGAUCACUGCAAGUGUAAAAGAUCUGCCAGGCCUCAAAACGCCUCUAGGAAGAGGACGAGCCUGGCUACGGCUGGCCUUGAUGCAGAAGAAGCUGUCCGACUACAUGAAGACCAUAAUCAAUAGAAAGGACCUGCUGAGUGAAUUCUAUGAGCCAAACGCGUUGAUGAUGGAAGAGGAGGGAGCUGUGAUUGCCGGGCUCCUCGUCGGGCUAAAUGUCAUCGAUGCCAACCUCUGUAUGAAGGGAGAGGACUUGGAUUCACAGGUCGGGGUGAUCGAUUUUUCAAUGUACCUCAAAGACGGCGGACACAGUAGCAAGAGUGCAGAAGGUGAUGGCCAAAUCACAGCGAUUCUUGAUCAGAAGAAUUACGUGGAGGAGCUCAACAGACAUUUAAGUGCUUCAGUAAAUAACCUCCAGGCCAAGGUGGACGCCCUCGAAAAAUCCAAUACAAAGCUAACAGAGGAGCUUGCUGUGGCAAAUAACAGGAUCAUCACCUUACAAGAAGACGUGGAGCGAGUAAAGGAGGAGAGCUGUUAUCAGCUGGAGUCCAACAGGAAGGCAUUAAGAAGUGAUUCAGCCGCAGACGGACAGGCGCUGGGCGAAACACGCAAGCAGCUCAAAGAGGAAACUCUGCUUCGAUUGGAUGUGGAGAAGGAGCUGGAGGUGCAGAUUGGGAUGAAGCAGGAGAUGGAGCUGUCCAUGAAGAUGCUGGAGAAGGACAUCUGUGAGAAGCAGGAUGCUCUGGUGGAGCUCAGGCAGCAGCUGGACGACCUCCGUGCCAUCAACCAGCAGCUCACCCACAAGUCACAGAGCUCAGAGGCGAGCUCCAAACAGAAGAGUGACGUCAUCGCUCGCUUGGAGGAGAAAAUCAACCAGAUGGCAGGGACUGUAAAACAGCUGGAGACCAGAUCCAAACAGGCUGAGCGAGAGCGGGAUCUGGCUGUCGAGGCCAACCGGCUGUUCAAGCAGGAGUUUGGAGACAAAAUCGAGAGCCUGCAGACGGAGGUGGAGCAGCUCAGGAAGCAGAGGUAUAAUUUGGAGUCGGAGCUGAGGAAGGAGAGGGAGCGGCGCAGCGAGUAUCACGUGGACGCCAGACAGUCCAGCACGCCUCAGAGGGAGCGCAAACUCGCAGAGCACACACGAAAAGAACCCCAGGCAGUCAAAAAGGAGAAUAAUCAGUCACAGACGGGAUCAGAGGACAGGACAAGUCUCAGCUCCAGCAUGUCCUCGUCGCAGCAUGGAGAUGAACAGGAUGAGUCGUUCGUUGAAAUCAGUCAGCCUUCCAUCUGUGCCAUGUGUGAGCAGGACGACUCCAUCCUGAAGAUCAAGAAACAAUGCAAGAACUGCGGCGGGGUUUUCUGUGAGAGCUGCCUGGCCAACGAGCUGCCGCUGCCCUCCUCCAUCCACCCGGAGAACGUGUGUGACACCUGCUACUCCCAGCUGCUGCAGCAGUACGCCUCCACCCCAUCCUGAGCCCCGCCCGCUCAUCUGCCACACAGCACGAGGAACGCUCCGAGGGAAAUUCUCAAGUUACACCAAAGGCAUUGAUUUCUGACAAGUUGAAUUUACUCGCACUGCUGAAAUGCACUUUUUGACUUCAUGACUCAGCAAGAUGUCGGAAAAAAAGAAGCUUUUUUUAUUCGCUAUAAGUUUAGAUCUAAAAGAGCCCCGUGAGUCCUGCACUCCAAGGCUUGUUUUAGCUAUUUUAAAUAAGCACUGUCUGAUUGGACCAUUGACAGCUGUGUGUGUGUGUGUAUGUUUCCAUUUUACAGUAGCUCAUUCACUUAAAGGUCAUACACACGAAAUAAUUUUUUUUCAUGGGGAAAAACCUGCUGUUCUCUGAAUUGAUGAGAUAAUUGUCUCAGAAUUAUCUCAGAAAACGGCCGAUUUUUUUUCCUCACAAAGAAUUCAAGAUAAGUAUCUCAAUAAUUUCUAAAAACAAGGGAGACUUUUUUUUUUUUUUUUUUUUACAUGAAUGAAUCACACUUACAUGGUUCUGAAAGGUUAGUUCCUCCUCUCACAUUGAAGGUGUUUUAUUUUGUAAAAUCGGCUUCUGCAGUGUUUGGUUGUGAUGGGGAAAAAUGCAUAAACACACACACACACACACAAACACAGACAGAACUGUCAGUGGAUUGGUCAGAUUGCUGAUGUAAGCAUCCUACUUUGAUCAUCUCAUUAAUGCACACAUUUAAAAACUGACUCUUCUCAAUGUCCACCGGGUGGAUUAUUGAUUAGCAGAUUAAAAGGUCAACUGACAGCAUUUUAAACUUUAAUUUUAAAACAUAAGGAACUGGAUGUGUCGUUGAGACUUCGUAUAUCAGGUCAGACUUUUUGCUGUGUGAGGACACAGGCGGCCGAUGCUGCGCCGCGAUGCUGGUCCACUGAAACUGAAUGGGAGUGAAAAUGAAUCCCACUCAGUUUCAAUGUGCUGAUCACGUCAACACUUAUUUCAACUUUUAUUUCGCCAGGUGAGGCAUGAAUUUUCAUUCCGUUCGCUCAGAGCCACAUCUGGUUCAGGAUGUCAGGGCUGGAUUUCAGAGGGUAAUUAUAUCAGAUUAUUGAACACACACUCGUAGUUUAUCGUGAUUACAGAAGGAGUUUACAAAGCUGAUAUCGUGGGUAGAUUUCUGUACUGCUAAACUGCUUUAAUCGAGUCGAGCUCUGAACUGCUUGCUGUCGUUUUCUGUAUUAAUUAGAACUGGCAUUAGGAAGAAGGUUACAGCGCAUCUCCUCUAGAUGUAACUUACAUGAUCUUGUCUUCACAUCACGCUGUUAGAGGACAUUUUCACUUUGUGGUGAACAUCCUGCACUGGGGUUUACUCUGCUUGCUGCAGCUGAAUCAAACAAAAUCAGCCACAGUCUUUAACUGGACCUGUUGUGCACCCGUUUACUCUCAUCAGUCCAACUUUAUUAUCCGGGCAUGUAACUCAAUAUCGCACUUUUAAACACGGGCGCGGCUGGCGGCCUGACUGCUUUUGAACCGGGCAUGUAACGAUUAAUGUGCAGACCUCCUUCUAGCUCUGCUGUUUUUAUGUUUUAAUAGUCCGUGAUGAGGAAUGAUUAGAGGCUGAGCCGACGGCAGCCUUUUCUUGUUGAGGAAAAUUAACACGUUGAGAUGUAAAUGCUUCUUUGAUCAACAAUAAACUUUUAUCAGAUUUUACUGGGA